AUGGUGAACACCGACCCUGAGCACCCCCCUGGCGAGCCCGCCCCCGAGAUUCUGGAGGAGCGGAUCUGGAUCGACGGCUGCUUCGACUUCUUCCACCACGGUCAUGCCGGGGCCAUCGUCCAAGCCCGCCAGCUUGGCAGCGAGCUGUACAUCGGCGUACACUCCGACGAGGCUAUCCUCGAGAACAAGGGCCCAACAGUCAUGAACCUGCAAGAGCGCCUGGCCGCCGUGGACGCCUGCCGCUGGGUCACAAAGUCGGUCGGCCGGGCCCCCUACGUCACGCAGCUCGAGUGGAUCAGCCACUACGGCUGCAAGUACGUCGUGCACGGCGACGACAUCACCUCGGACGCCGACGGCUACGACUGCUACCGCUUCGUCAAGGAGGCCGGCCGCUUCAAGGUCGUCAAGCGCACGCCGAGCAUCUCCACCACGGACCUUGUCGGCCGCAUGCUCCUGUGCACCAAGUCGCACUUCAUCAAGUCGCUCGAGAGGCAGCUGGCCGGCGACGAGGGCCAGGGCACCUCCGAGGCCGAGAUCAAGGCCGAUGGCGCGGCCAUGACGGAGCGCAUGAAGCUCUACGCCACCGACGAGACGGGCAAGAACCCAGGCGUAGAGGUGUGGUUCUGGACCGCGUCCGGGGAGGCCAAGGCCGAGGCCGCGGUCGAGGAGAAGGGCGAGUUUAGUCGGUUCCUGCCGGGCAAGGGCCCGCGGCCCGGCCAGCGCGUGGUCUACGUCGACGGCGGCUUCGACCUGUUCUCAAGCGGGCACAUCGAGUUCCUCCGCCGGGUCGUCGAGGCCGAGGAGGAGCUGGCCCGCGGGGAAGGGUGGUACUCGGAGCAGGCCGUCAACGAGCGCGUCGGCAAGGGCGGCGACUACCCGCCUGCAUACGUCGUCGCCGGCAUUCACUCAGACGACGAGAUCAAUCACUGGAAGGGCAUCAACUACCCCAUCAUGAACAUUUACGAGCGCGGACUGUGCGUGUUGCAGUGCAGGUACGUCAACGCCGUUGUCUUCGGCGCGCCCUUCUCGCCGACCAAGGCCUACCUCACGACGCUGCCAUGGGGCACGCCGGACGCCGUGUACCACGGCCCGACGGCCUUCAUGCCGCUGACGUACGACCCGUACACGGCGCCCAAGGAGAUGGGCAUCAUGCGGGAAGUGGGCGAGCACGAGUUCGCCGGGGUCAACGCCGGGACGAUCGUGCAGCGCAUCAUGCGGAGCCGCGACAUGUACGAGGAGCGGCAGCGCAAGAAGGGCAUCAAGGCCGAGAGCGAGUCGGCGGCGCGGGACCGCGAGGUGUUGGAGGAGGAACAGGCGAGGCGAGAGGCCGAGAGGGCGCGCCAGUGA